AUGUCACUAGGUCUGCAUCGAGUUCGACGAGCGUGCUUCAGUCUGCCGUUGGCUCCUCGUAUACCACGACGCAACAUGCGAAUCAUUCCCGUUCCUGUGCGCGAGGACAAUUAUGCUUACAUUCUCAUGUCCACGCCAAAGGGGGCGCGGCCUCAGGGGGCGUUUGUGGACCCUUACGACGUGCCCACCGUGCGCCGCGCUGCACAUGCAUUGGGCCUGCAGGACACGGACAUUGUGGGCUCCAUAACGACACAUGGCCACUAUGAUCACGCUGGCGGAAAUGAUGCCUUUGCCAAGGCUUUUCCUGGACGCCCGAUAUGGGGUGGCGCCGCGAGCAUUGCGAGCGUGACGCAUGUCGUACGCGAUGGCGACACAUUUGAACUGUUUAGCGAUGGUGCCGAGGUUCUUGUCAAGGCCUACGCUACGCCAUGCCACACACGCGACAGCAUUUGCUUUUACGUGGAAGAUAAGCGCGGUGAGGACGCAUUGGCCGAAUUGCCACACGGCCUAAAGGAGGGUGCCGAUGGCGAAAAGAAACGCGGCGUAUUUACGGGCGAUACCCUGUUCAUUUCAGGAUGUGGCCGGUUCUUUGAAGGUCAGGCCGAGGACAUGCACCGUGCGCUAAAUGUGGUGCUGAGGCAGCUGUCACUGGAUACACUCGUGUACUGUGGACAUGAGUACACGGCCUCGAAUGUGGCCUUUAGCGCGGCUGUCUUGCCGAAUGCACCAGGUAUACAGCGUCUCGUCUCGGACGUGCGUUCAGGCCGUAACGGAGGUGUGACUACGGGUCUCUACACGCUCAGCGAUGAACUGAAACACAAUCCCUUUAUGAUGGUCGAGGAUGCUGUCGUGCAAAAGGCGAUAGGUGGCACUGAUGCGAUUACGACUAUGCACGCGCUGCGCGAGGCCAAGAAUCAGGGUACGCUCCGCAUCCGUUUAUAG